CACUGUCAGUCGAGCCACGCCCCUCUCCCCUGCCCUUGAAGUGCCUGCGCCGUGUUGGUCACGUGGCACCGGCGUCCUGUACGUCCUUGCCGGGCAACCGUCCCAGAGUCCGACAACACCGCCUGCAGCAGUAUGAACGUGAUCUACCCGCUGGCAGUGCCCAAGGGGCGCCGGCUCUGCUGUGAGGUGUGCGAAGCCCCGGCCGAGCGGGUGUGCAGGGCCUGCACAGUCACUUACUACUGCGGCGUGAUUCAUCAAAGAGCUGAUUGGGGCAGCAUCCACGAGAAGAUAUGCCAGCUCCUGAUUCCCCUGCGCACCUCCAUGCCCUUCUACAAUUCAGAGGAGGAACGGCAGCACGGCCUACAGCAGCUGCAGCAGCGCCAGAAACAUUUGAUCGAGUUCUGCUACACCGUAGCCCAGAAAUACCUCUUUGAAGGAAAACACGAAGAUGCUGUCCCAGCCGCUUUGCACUCUCUUCGAUUCCGCAUGAAUGUGCACGGUCUGAGUUCAGUCGAGCUGGUGCCUGCUUACCUGCUGUUGGCCGAGGCCAGCCUUGGUCUGGGCCGGAUCGUCCAAGCUGAAGAAUAUCUAUCCCAAGCCAAGUGGACAGUCCUCAAAUCGACUGAAUGUAGUUAUGCCACCCACUCUUUGCUGCAUCGGAACCUGGGACUUCUCUACAUGGCUAAGGAGAACUAUGAGGAAGCCCGCUACCAUCUGGCCAAUGAUAUUUAUUUUGCCAGUUGUGCGUUUGGAACAGAGCACAUCAGGACCUCAGGAGGCUACUUCCACCUGGCUAAUAUCUUCUAUGGCCUUAAAAAGUUGGACCUGGCAGACACAUUGUACACCAAGGUCUCUGAGAUCUGGAAUAAUUAUUUAAACGAUCACUACCAAGUGCUCUCCCAGGCUCGCAUCCAACAAAUCGAUCUACUGGGCAAACGAUUUGAGACUGACACAGGCUUGGAUGAAGCCCAGGAAGCAGAAGCCAUUCAGAUCCUGACUUCAAUCUUGAACAUUCGAGAAUCUACAUCUGACAAAGCCCCGCAAAAAACAGUCUUUGUUCUAAAAAUCCUGGUCAUGCUUUACCACCAGAUGAUGAAUUCUUCCAAGGCCCAGGAAUAUGCCACGAGAGCCUUCAAUCUAGCCAAAGAACAGCAGCUCAGUGUCCAGGAACAAAACGCCGUUCAAGACUUACUGAACCUCAUCUCAGCCGAGGAAGCUCAUCCCGUUACUUAGUGGUCCAUGCGCUCUGCAUCAGGGGCUAUUCUAGGGACAACUGAACAUCUAAUACAUUCCAGCCUGGCACAGCUGCUUAGAGGGGCUAUAAAUUGAGAUGCCCCACUUCCCCUGGGACUGCGUGCAUCGCUGUGUUUUCAUUGCUCCACAGUGUCUGUUGGGGGAUGUAGAGCUUGAGGCAUAGCCAUCAGUAAAACUCUUGUUUAUUAUGACUUCAUGCAACUUUUGAGUAAUGUGCUGUCAGUUCACUAACAAGAUAUUUGUAAUUAAACUGCAAAUAGUUUAUCCCGUUUCUCAGAGGUCUCUGGUGACGCGUGCUUCAUAGAUCUUUGCCAAAGAAAGAGGGAGGGAAUAGAGCUGUAUCAGAGCAAAGUUCCUCUAUUUUACUGUAAUUAAGUUAGCAUUAAUCUGAGAUAUAUUGUGCUUAAAAUGCCCAUUAUAAUUCCUAGAGCGAUCACUAAAAAAAUUACUCUAAAAAACAGUUAAAAUCAACCAAGACAUUAAAAUGGUGCACUAGAAAAAAAUCCACUUAAUGGAAAAGGCAAUAAAAGAGAAACAGAGGGACAAAAAAAAGGACAUGAGACAUAGAGAAAACAAAUAGCAAAACGCAGACAUAAAUUGUGGAUCUUGGCCAGAAAAGGCCCCUGGGCCUUUCGAGGAGCUUCAGUAUGGAUUGGCAGAGGCACCAUUCCAGGUUGGUGUCUUUCUUUUCUCAGAUAAUUAUUCAAAGCAGAUGUGAGCCAUCUCUCCUGUCUGGGGGAGAAAUACUCUAAAGGUCCCCUGUGAUGUACAGGACAGAGUGCAGGCACUAGAGCAGACAUGCCCAGGUUCAAAUCCCAGCUUUGGGGCCUUGAUUCACCACCGGCCCCCACCUCCCCACCAAACACAAACCCAACCCAACCUCAUUGUAAUGUUCUAAAAUGGCCCAGAUGUGGCUGUGGGCCUAUCAGCUCGUCCCGUCGAUGGCUCUGGUCGUUUAGCACAUCCUUUUCUCCUCCAGACUCGCCAGGCAGCCUACCCGUUAGCGCUUCGCUUCCUGGGUAGAUCUGCACCAGGGAGAGGAUAUGCAAAUCAGAACCAGUCAGAGAGUUUUACGUUCCUGUCUUAAAUUAACUCACUCACACAUAUAAUAAAAGUAAGUCAGCUGGCCACCCUGCCAGCUCUUUCAAAUAGAUGUUUAACGAAGAUUGGAGGAGGGAGGAGAAGGAUCAACAGCUCUUCAGCAGAUAAUUUAAAAAAAUUAGAACAUCUCUAUUCUAAAAAAGUCCUUCCAGGUCCAUUUCAUUAAAUUCUAGUUCCCUCCUUUACCAUAGUCAAUGGCCCCUUUCUCUUUUUUUCCCCCCUCCCUUAUCUGUUUUCUGUUCUUGCCACCUGUGAAUUCUUGUUUAUGAAUCCUUGCCCACUGAGUAUAUUUAUGAAAUUAUUGCUUAAUUAAAUUGUUUAAAUUUAUUUUCCUAUUGACUGAUUUUCCUCUUGAGUAUGGCCCAUAAUUUUCUGCUUUUUCACAUGUCUAGUAAUUUAAUUUUCAGUCUUUCUGAUUUUCUAAUACUUACAUUUAAAGCUAUAAAUUUUCCUCUAGAUACUACUUUCAUUGAUCCCAUAUAUUGUGAAAUGCAGUAUUUUUAUUAUCAUUCGUUCUAAAUAUUUCUUACAUUUUUAUGACUCAUAAGUAGUUUAAAAGUAUGAUUCUUAAUUUCUCAAAGAUGGUGACUUUCAUUACUUCUUUGUUAUUUUCCAGCUUAAUUUUAUUGAGAUUACAAAAUAAGCUGUGUACAAUUUAGACUUUUAGAAAUUGGUUGGGGUUUGCUUUGUGACCCAGAAUAUGGUUAAUACAUAUUUGUAAAUGUUCUGUGUGUGCUAAAAAGAAUGGAGUUAUUGGGCACAGUGCCCUGUAUAUGUCUAUUAAGUCAAAUUUUUUUCAUAUUUUCAAACUCUUCCUGUCCUUGCUGAAUUUUAAAUUUAUUUCUGAGAGAAGUAGAUAAAAUCCAUCCAAUAUGA